AUGGGGGGUCAUGGCGGGCUCAACAUCCUGCCGCAGAAGUCCUGGAACGUCUGGCGCCAGGACAACCGCGAGAAGGUGCGCGCGGACGAGAGGAAGGCGAAGGCAGAGGAGGACAAGGCCCGCGCCAAGCACGAGCAGGCCGAGCGCGAGUUCCGACGCAACCUGCUCCUGAAGCGGGCAGAGGAGACAGGCCGUGUCCCCCAGCACGGCGCUCUGGACUCCACGGGCGGCUUGCUGCAGCAAGUAGGCGGCGAAGAGGACGUCAGGGACGGGCGCGGUGGCGCGCGCGAGGCGAGCAGGGACGCGGAGCGCGCGUCCAGGCGCAAAGGGGAGCGAGACGCGGCCAGGCGUUCGCGGUCGCGCAGUCCGCACGGCCACGGCCGCGACAGGACGAAGCACAGCUCGAAGAAGAAGAGCAGGCGGCGCAGCGCCUCGCCGGAAGGCGAGCGCGACGCCGGGAGGGGCCGCGAGGAGGCUCGCGCCACACACCACGCGCACAAACCCCGCGGCGGCUUCGGCGAGCACAUCAACCUGUUCGACCUGAACGAUCUCGACAAGGCGGGCGACGCGGACAAGCUCGAGAAGGAGCGGGAGGAGCGCAGGCGCCGGGGGAAGGCCGAUACUAGAACUGCAGACCCGCGCUUCGACGAGCAGUUCCAGCUCGGCUACAAGAUGGGCCGCGAGCACGCUCCGUGGUACGCGAGCGCGGGAGGCCCCGCCGACGCCCCCGCGCCAGCAAAGCAGCUCAAACGCAGCUACCGCGGCGCCGGCAAAGUUAUCGACAUGACCGGCGGACACGUCUUCGCGCACGGCGGCGCCACCGGCGGCGGCGCGGAUCCGUCGGGCGCCGACGACAGCGGGCGGCGGACACGUGGCCCGAAAUCGAUCGAACAGCUGCGCGCGGAGCGGCUCGUGCGCGAGAAGGCGGAGCGGGCGAAGGCGCGCGCGCUCGUGGGGCGGGAGCCCGGGCACCAGCGCGUGCCGCCCUCUCGGCGGUACUUGUGA